AUGGUCCCCACUACGGACGCGAAGGCCGGCGCAACCUCCACCGCUCGGGAGAUGCAGCCGACCCCGGCCUGCAUGGACGCAGGCGCUGGAGACGAAGAAGGCCGAGAAGGCGCGUCGAUGCGCGCGUUCCACGCCUCCGACCUGCAGGAUCCGCUCGCCCAGGGACGUGACCUUGUCGGCACUGCUGUUGAAGUUGUCGCCAGGCGUGCCUCUACCCUUGCUCGAUCUGGAUCGAAGCGGCACCAUGCCACCUAG